CGGAGUCUGUGGGGCACUCUGGCAAUGGGGGCAGCCAGUUUGAAACGCAAGACCUCUCGCCGCACUUCCUAAGGCAGCCGUUCGAAUCAGUGCACACAAAACAAGUGGCAUGCACCGCGUGCUGGAGGCAAAACGAUGGACUGCGUGCUGAGAUGCGGUCGCUGUGGGCGGCCCUCCUCGGCGCCGCGCUCCGGACCGACGCCUUCGAGAGCUGCGCCGAGGCGCGGCGCUACUACAAGGCCGACGCACUCGCGGAGGAGGCGCGCCGCCUGCGCGCCGGCCGGGCGAACGUGAGCCGCCCGCUCCGGUUCCUGCACGUCCCCAAGAACGCGGGCACGACGAUCCAGCGCCUGCUGCCCGACGCGCGCCCGCGGACGACCGUGGUCGACGGGCGGACGUGCGGCAAGUGCAUAAAGGUCGGCGGCCCGUGCGCCUGCUCGCUCUGGCACGUCCCGCCGCGGUACCUGCCACAACCAAGCCCCUACGCCGACCACGACACGUUCUGCGUCGCGCGCGACCCCGUCGACCGCGUCCUGAGCCAGUGGCGCAUGGAGGGCGCCCACCGGAGCGCGUGCCUCGUCAUGAGGGAGCGGCUCACGCACCGCUGCGGCGCCGCGAUGAGCGACUGCCACCUCUGGCCGCAGCACGAGUACGUCUGGGACGCGGCCGGGCGGCGGACGUGCGCCCACGUCCUCGCCUUCGACGACCUCUCGGACCAGUUCCGGCGCCUGAUGCGCGCGGCGGGCCGGGACGACGUCACGCUGCCGCCCGUAACGUCGAGGCGGUCGGCGCUGCACCACGGCGCCGCGGCGCCGGAGACGGACCUGAGCGCGAACGUCACGCUCAUGAUCCGCUGCGCCUACAAACUUGACGAGUGCCUGCUGCGGGGCCGCGACAUUUUCGAGGAGUGCGCGCGCUUGGAUUUGACCAUUGACGGCUGGACGCGCGCGUGCGACAGAAGCGCGGGACGGAAGCGCCGGUGCCGCGUCCACUGCCGGAAGCGCGGGACCGCGUCCGCCCGAGAGCGACUCCACAAAAUAAGUUAGACUCAACAGA